UAUAAACGCUAAUGAAUAAAUAAUUAUCUAUUAUAAUUAUUAACAAAAAAUAUACAAAUAAUAUUCGGAAAAAAAUUUUCGGUUGUCAGAGAGAUUAGGCAGUAAAAUUAACUCAUUAAGUCGUCAAUAGAUUUAGAAAAAUAAGAAUGCAGUGGUGUUAAUUGUUUUUGAGAUCGCUAUAAAUACGAAUCUGAAAUGAGAUUUGAAAAAUAAUCUUUAUAAUAUUUACCUAUUAUAUGAUAUAUUAAUUUGACAUAAAUAUUUUAGAAACUAAAUUUCACUGUAAAACGAAAGGUAUUAAUUUAAUAUCUACUUUAGGUAGGGGAAAGGUGAGUAAGUUCGCGCGGCGGAUAAGUUCGUUUUUCUAAAUAACUUUUUUAAAAAUAAAUAUUACGUAUAACCGUUUUUAAGAAUGGAGUAUUGUAUGGUAACGAUAGUGUCUAAAAAGUUUUAUUGUAAUCGGUUUGUUAUUAACAAAAAUAUUAAACAAGUAUGAAAAAGUUGUUUCAAAUUGUAAAUUUUUUGAAUUUUGAAUUUUAGAAAAACGUAUUUAUUAUCCAUAGAAAUUGGUAAUUUUUUUUUAUUAUAAUUCUGGAACAUUACACUUUAUGAAAAUCAUGUUUUGAAAAUUAAAAAUAAGUUGUAAAAUUAAAUAAGUAAUAAAAUGUUUAAACUAUUAAUGUCGGGUAAGUUCGUGCGGUUAAGUUCGUCAAAUCACAAGUCGCGCAAGCAAGAUACGUAAGUUAGGUACGGGAUAUGCGCAAUUGCUCAGAAUGUAUAUAGAGAUAUGCAGUAUAAAUGCCAACGUCAAUCUUUACUACUACUACUACUAGAGAUAUGCAAAGGCGCAAAGCUAGUAUAAAUGCCAACGUCAAUCUUUACUACUACUACUACUAGAGAUAUGCAGCAGAAGACGAACUGAUAGAUUUCUACAAAUGCAGACAAAUCUGAUUUUAAGAAACAAGAAUUGAGUCAAAAAAUUUUUUCGAAAGGACAUUACAAAAGUUACGGGAUUCCUCAAACUAAUACAACACAAUUUCUAUUUAUUUGGCAAAUUUUCAAAAUUACAACUGAUAAAAUGAAUGAAACCAGUCUUUUUAUGUACUCGGUACAAACUUUUCAAUUUUUGUCAAUACUAAGUUACACUGACAAACUGAGCAAUAUAUUUUACAAUCAAGAUUUAUUAGAAUCAAACAAUCAAUUUCAACACUAUGCAAUCAUCAAUGCGUACUUUGAACAUCUCAACAGAACGAACAACGAGGAAGAAGCGAAAAGGCGUCUCGUUCAAAAUCUACUCCAAGGAUCUGACCUUUACGGAGGGCAUGAAAAUGAAACACUCGACAUGGAAUAUGUCGACGCAACGUUUCAGUAUAUUAUAAGUAACAUUGUAUUUGCGGACUAUGGAAAUGUCUAUGGAUACUUGGCAAAAAUCGUCAACUUGGCAAAUAACUUGACACUUUCGUUCCUCAAACAAUAUAUCCUCGAGGAUCUAAUGAGUCUCGAGUUUUUGACUCCAGAGGGAACGAUUUCAAAACUCAGUCUUCUGUCAUCUGAUAGAAUCAGGGACGACUUUCUUUUGUCUCUGUUCCCUCAACCAGAAAAGGACAUGAACAUAACUGACAUUGACUACAUUUAUGCUCAAGCUGGUUUAAUAUUUGCUCAAUCGGGGAAAAUUAACACAACUAACGUGACUUUCAAUGAUUUCAUCGUAAUAUCGCAGACUUUGGAAUUGGCAGUCUUAGAGAACACGACAGAUCAAUCUGCAUUGACAGUUUUUACUCUUCCAGCUCUUCUCUUCAAUGCAAGUAACGAAGCAAAAAAAUUCAAUCAACAAUAUGUGGCUGACUGUGUUCAGAAUGAAACUUUCUUGGCAGAAACGCUAAACAGUUUAUUCUCAUACUUAAAUGAAACCUUCCUGACAAUUAAUCGAGAGGCAUACGAGAGCAGUCCAUUUUAUCAAUUCAAUAUUACCAUGUCGCAGUUCAAAAGUCGUACUGACCUGGCAGAAGAUUUUUUACGUCAACAAUGUAAUUUGGAAAAUGAAACUGAAUCAGCUAUUGACAAAUACAAGUUAUUCGCAUCGAGCAGUAAGUGCCCGAAUAAUGAAAGUAUAUUAUUGCCCAACGUGGAUCAAGUUUACCAAAGGCAGGUUGAUGUGCUUCAAGAAAAAUAUCACUCUCUUAUGGAGAUUUUACUGCAGCAAGUGUUUUCUCAUGCCGGAUUAGUGGACUUGAUUAAUUCAACAAAAACCGCUGUUUACGAAAGUCAGACAGUUCCAAUUCCGACUUCUUGUUUUCCAUAUCCUUGUCCACCGUACCAACCACGUCUUAAUCCAAAUAUUUAUUUAUUUGCCUUGAGAACAGCGGAUGGUAAUUUUUAUUAUGCAUUGGACAAAAGUGGGAGUAAUUUAAAUUUGCUGUACUACAACAGCGAUCCAGAGGAAUUUUUAAACAAAAUCGGCUUACCACCGAAAGCAGAACUUGAGAUAUCCGCAAUUCCAACAAUUUUAAAACACUCCUUUGAAACUUACGAAACGUUUAUUGAUCGCUUAGCACGUUUGAAAGCCAAAGAAUUUGCAAAUCAAUUGUACUCUACAGGAUAUGAGAAAACGUUCAAAGAGAAGAUAGUGGACGUGUUAGUAGCUUUUGUUCCCUUUUACAAUUGCAUUAAAUACGCGAAAGCAGGUGAUAACGUGGGUGCUUCGUUUUCAUGCAUUAGUGAUGUCAUCAGUUGGAUUCCUUUCGGAGGUCAAUUACUGCAGCUUAGCAGUAAACUUGGAACUAUGACUUUUAAUCACCUACUCCUUGCCACUGGAGUCUCUGUUAAAACUUUCACUACAAGACAAGCAAUUCGCAUUUCGAUGGAAGUUGGACUUUACGAGGCUUCGUCAGGAUUAGCGGAAAUGGUGAAGAACGUGAUUUUUACUAAAGAGAUGUUCAAGAAUCUGUUUGUGGGUUUAGUUCGCACAGUGGAUCCUGGCUUUGAAUUGGUUGGCAGAUUGCACUGGAAAGGAGGAUUAUUGCUGGGAAAACUGUUCAAAAAGACUUGGACAGUGGCUGCAAAGAAGUAUCCACUCAUAAAAGUGAAUUUCCCCAAGGAAAUCUCGCAGCAGUUGUCCAAAGCGAGUCUCCAGUCGGCAGAUGAUUCUGGAAUGAUUCCCGUUUUACUAGGACAGAGGGACGGUUACGACGUCUUUAGAUACACAUACCCCGGUGGAGAAAAGACAUUUGGACCAAAAUUUCUUCGUUUACCGAAUGCAAAAGCAGAAUUAAGACGGGUCAUGGGCUUUAAUGCAGAGAUUCCCGUAGUUGUGUCAAGAAUUAACAAAUAUAAUGUGUAUUACAAAAAGAUUGAUUUGAAAACACAAAAUACUUACGGUUUGGAAUUGGAAUUGAACGGAGACGGUUUGCUUCGACCAAUUAGAGCUCCAUUUCGUGAGCACAUUGCAACAAUUGUGAGAGAAGGAUUGAGCGGGAGAGGGGCAGCGAUGAUUCAAAGGGAAAGUUCCAUUAAUGAAGCUGCAAAGAUGAUAGCUAAUUCAAAUUGUUAUUUGAGUCUUAGUAGUAUUAAAUCUUCAUUAAAACAUUACGUUUUAGCAGUUGAACGUCCGUUGGGUUUGCAGGAGGAUCUAACAAACGUUAUCAUUGAUCCAGUUUUAAUAAAUCAAAUAGAAGAGGUAAAUCAUAUUACAUUGCAAAAGUACCUAAGAGAGGAUUUACUGGUUGGUGAUCCUGAUUUGAACAGUUAUUUGAUUGUACCUACCUACAGGGAUUUUGCGUUCGAUUGGAUUAAAACUGGAAGCAUACAUAAAUCAUAUUCUGAAUUUUAUGUGGAAAAUCCGGUAAAAUUAGAAUCCUUAAGGAGUAACUAUAUUCUUGAUAACUUUGCAAGAGGAGACUUGGCAGAAUUUAUGAAAAAGUAUGAAUCGUUGUAUGGAUUAAAUUUUCAAGAUAUAUUAAAGUCUAAUUUCGAUAUUAUUUAUAAUGGUUAUAAUUCUAAUAAUGCAAGGAGGUUUGUUAAUUUUCAAGAUUAUAUCGGAUUGAUGCUUUAUUCGAAAAGCGGUGUCAAAAAUCCAAACAGGUAUAUCAAGAAUGCUCUUUAUAAAUUAGCCAUAAGACAAGCUGACGAGGGUAUUCAAUUUCCGAGGAAAGUAUUUUGUGUACACGGGAAAACUGUAGAGGAAUUUCGAAUGGAUAAAUCACUAUCAAAAGGAUAUUUUAUAAAUUUGAAUUUUUUUAUAAGGGCAUCAACUAAAGAGAAAUUUUUAGAUAAUAAAGUAAUUGAAAUUAUUAACGAAAAUUUAAUUCCAGUAAAAUAUGAAAUAAAUUUGGAUUCCAAUUUUUUGGCAGUAAAUGUGAAUCGUGUGUUUUCUACAAUUGAGGGACUCGUCGUAAUACUUCCCAAUGUAGAAUUUCAUAUCGAUGAAGUAAUUGAAAAAACAAAUAUUGUAACAGUAAAAAUGCACAAUAAGCCUACUGUGAAAGAACUAUCGUUAGUGAAAUAUAUGUCAGAAAUAAAAAAAUUGGAAUAAAAUUACUAUAGUAAUUUGUUUGUUUGUUUAUUUUCCGUUUUAUUAAUGUUGAUUGAAAUAAAAUUUUACAAGGCA